UGUAAGGUGCAGCACAUUGGGCGCUUUAGUAUUGCAUGAGUUUUAGACCAUUCCAUUGGUCGAAGUAAAUCUCCACCCACCUGCGGCACCUGGCUAUGCAAAACCAGCAGGCCCACUGCUUCAGGGCUCUCAGUGACAACAGGGGACAACAAUAUACAGAUCCGUGCAACCACACUAAAAUUUUAGUAAUGGAACAAGGAAGAGGAAGGACUCUGAAGAUUCUGUUCCUGUUGAUACUCUGGCUGCAAGACUUCACUGGUCAAUGCCAAGUUUCAGGGCAGCCCUCUAACCUGAAGAUAGUUCUGCUGGGGAAGACUGGAUCAGGGAAGAGUACAACAGGAAACACCAUCCUGGGGAGGGAGGGGUUUAAAGUGGGGGCUUCUCCAGUGUCUGUAACUGCACAGAGUGAGAAACGGAGUGGAGUGGUGGAUGGGAGGAGGAUUGAUGUCAUCGACACCCCGGGACUCUAUGACACAACAAUGUCUAAAGAAGAGAUGAAAAGUGAAAUAGUCAGAUGUAUAGAAAUGUCAGUGCCAGGACCUCAUGUGUUCCUGCUGGUGAUCAGACUGGGGAGGUUCACAGAGGAGGAGAGGAACACUGUGAAGUGGAUCCAGGAGAACUUUGGAGAAGAAGCCUCAAUGUACACCAUCUUGCUGUUCACACAUGGAGAUCAACUAAAGGGGAAAUCAGUGGAGGAGUUUCUGGCUGAGAGCAAAGAGUUACGGAAACUCAUCAAUAUCUGUGGGGGCAGAUAUCACUCCCUAAUCAAUGACAAGAGAAAACACAACACUCAGGUCCCAGAGCUGCUGAAGAAGAUAGAGGAGAUGGUAAAGAAGAAUGGAGGACAACACUACACCAAUGAGAUGUACCAGGAGGCCCAGAGGAAGAUCAAAGAGGAGGAGGAGAGGAAGAAACAGGAAGAGGAGAAGACAGAGAAAGAGAGGCAACAGAAGGAGAGAGAAAGGAUCAGAAGAGAAGAAAUAUUGUCUCGAUGCAAGAUAUCAGCAUUGGUCAGUUCGGCUGUAUUGGGGUGGGGAUACAAAUUCUCAUCUCCAUUGUGGUUAGCAGCAGGAUCUGUAUCAGCCAUUUUUGAAGGUUAUCAAUGCAUGGAUGCUUAUUUCAAUUGGGGUGGUUCUGACCCAAAAGAGCACGAGGAAAGCUGGUUCAACGCAGGCAGAGGACCUGAAAGAGCAGCUAUACCACUGAGAGAGAUGGAGCUGAAACGGCAGCCUGAGUCUGAUGGGUGUGGCUCAACAAAUAUUGAUGGGUCUGGUUUGACCGCUGACCUGAGGAUUGUGUUGCUAGGGAAGACUGGAGCAGGGAAGAGCGCAACAGGAAACACCAUCCUGGGGAAGGAGGUGUUUAAAGUCGACUCUUCCCCUGCGUCAGUGACCGGACAGUGUGAGAGACAGAGUGGAGAGGUCAACGGGACCACGGUUCAUGUGGUCGACACGCCGGGCCUCUUCGACACAGCCCGGUCGGACGAAGAGGUGAAGGAGAAAAUAGAGGAGUGCGUUAACAUGUCCGUGCCGGGCCCCCACGCCUUCCUGCUGGUGAUCAGGCUGGGGGUGAGGUUCACAGAGGAGGAGAGGAACGCCGUGAGGUGGAUCCAGGAGAACUUCGGAGAGGACGCCUCCAUGUACACCAUCUUGCUGUUCACCUGUAAAGACCAGCUGAAGGGGAAACAGGUGACAGACUCUCUGAAGAUGUGCAAAGAGCUGCGGAGGCUCUCCAUCACGUUGGGCGGCGGGUAUCACUCCUUCAACAACGAUGCCAAAGACGACCCCGCUCAGGUCCCUGAGCUGCUGGAGAAGAUCAAAGAGAUGGUGGAGCUGAACGGAGGAGAGCACUACACCAACGAGAUGUACCAGAAGGCUCAGAGGAAGAUCGGAGAGGCGGAGGAGAGGAGCAGGGAGGAGGAGAAAAGACGCAGGGAGGAGGAGGAGAGGAAACGAAAAGAAGAGGUAAAGGUCGAGAUAGAGAAAGAAAAGGAGGAAGAGAAAAGGGAGAAGGUAGACGAAAAGAGGAAUCUCCACAUCGCUCUCGCAGUAACAGCAGUGUGUGUAGUAGUAGGGGUGAUCAUAGCAGCUGCUGCUGACACCACAGUGGCCUUGGCUCUAGCUCCACUCCUACUGGUGCUGGGAGCAGCCAGUGCAAUAACGGCUAUCUGUCUAAAGAAUGGAAGGUGUGGAGCUAAAACACCUGUCCCCGUAGCUGUAUAACGAUCACAUACUGUAUACCUCAUUAAGGCUGUUUUUACACUGGCAACACAAUUCUGAUCUUUUGCCACUAAUUGGUCUUUUGACCAAUCCGAUCUAUUAUCGAUAAUUGGGCAAAAUAUCAGAAUUAGGCUGCCCGUGUAAAGAUCAGAAUUAGGCUGCCCGUGUAAAGAUCAGAAUUAGGUUAACCUGUGUAAACGAGGCCGAACAAGACCUAACAACAGAAACAUAGAUUGAAUGAUUGAUUGAUAGAUAGAUGGUUUUAUAGAUAGAUAGAUAGAUAGAUAGAUAGAUAGAUAGAUAGAUAGAUAGAUAGAUAGAUAGAUAGAUAGAUAGAUAGAUAAAUAAAAAUUGUCUUAAAUCUGUUCCCUUAAGUAUUUCUCUGGGUGUCCAGUGAUCUAUUUAUUUAAUCAUGUGUUCAGGGAUAACAUUUAUGAACACUUAAUAAAGAGAAUGAAACAGUAUGACUGACUAAU